ACUCCAUAUGAACCGGGGUUUGAAACCAAACUUCUACUCAGGAGGAUAGAUGGGGCGAUUCAGGUGAGAUCCAACGUAGAUCCAACUUUCUAUUCACUCGUGGGAUCCGGGCGGUCCGGGAGGGACCACCAAGGCUCCUCUCUUCUCGAGAAUCCAUACAUCCCUUAUCAGUGUAUGGACUGCUACCUCUCGAGCACAGGUUUAGGUGAUCAGACUGUUAUACUUUAA